AUCCUAAUUUUAUAUUCACUUAAAGAUUUUUCACAUUUAUAAACACAUCUGCGAGUAGAAGGUAUCAUAUAGACAGCGAUGAGUGUCAUUUCCAUUUUAACAAGACCUUUGCGGCAAAAAAUUCAAUUCGUUGGCUCUCAAACCAUACGGAUUCGAAAAGUUCAGAUUAGCGCCCGUCAGUAUACCCAGCUGGCUGCUAUUGCGACAGUUCAGCAGCAACAUCUUUUCCGCCGGGAGACGAAUUCUACUUUGCGCUGUCAAGAUGAUAUACGUACCUUGGGCUGGAAAAGCUUUCACACCACCACCAGCAAGUGGUCAGAGCAGGUGGUGAAGGUGCCGGCAUUUCCAGAUUCCAUAUCCGAGGGUGACGUUAAGUUUACCUGCAAAGUGGGAGAUUCGUUUGCCGCCGAUGAUCCUGUCAUGGAGAUUGAAACGGAUAAGACGACCAUGCCAGUGCCGGCGCCGUUUGCGGGUUCAAUAACGGCAAUUCUGGUUAAGAACGGCGACACGGUCAAGGCUGGCCAAGAACUGUUCAAAAUGAAGCCUGGCGCAGCGCCAGCUAAGGCAGCUGGCGCACCCAAGACUGCGGCAGCACCAGCCCCAGCACCAGCAGGACCACCACCUGCAGCGGCCAAGCCGGGAGCACCACCACGAUCGCCAACACCACCACCAACACCACAACGACCGCCACCACCAACUGGUCCACGGCCUGCAGCGCCAGCUGCAAAACCACCCGCGGGCCAAGCUCCUCCGAUUACGGGCACUCGCUCUGAGCAAAAAGUCAAAAUGAGCCGUAUGCGACUAAAGAUUGCGGCCCGCUUGAAGGAAGCACAGAACACUUGCGCCAUGCUGACCACCUUCAACGAGAUUGAUAUGAGCUACGCAAUGGACUUCCGAAAGGCGAACCUGGAUGCAUUUACUAAGAAGCACGGUGUCAAGCUCGGCUUUAUGUCCAUAUUUUCGAGAGCCAGUACCCUGGCAUUGCAGGACCAGCCCGUGGUCAAUGCCGUCAUCAGUGGUCAGGAGAUUAUUUACCGCGAUUACGUGGACAUCUCUGUGGCGGUUGCUUCGCCUCGUGGCCUCCUGGUGCCUGUUAUCCGCAACGUGGAGAGCAUGAAGUAUGGCGACAUUGAGAAAACGUUGGCCGGCCUGGCUGACAAGGCGAAGCAAGAUGCCAUCACCGUUCAGGAUAUGGAAGGUGGCACCUUCACCAUCAGCAACGGGGGCAUCUUUGGUUCCCUGAUGGGCACGCCCAUUAUAAAUCCACCACAGAGUGCCAUACUGGGAAUGCACGGCAUCGUGCCGCGGCCCGUUGCAAUCGAGGGCGAGGUCAAGAUACGUCCCAUGAUGUACGUGGCCCUCACAUACGACCACCGAAUUAUCGAUGGACGUGAGGCGGUGCUGUUUCUGCGGAAGAUCAAGUCUAUUGUCGAGACGGCCAGCGAGCUGGCUGCCGGCCUUUAGAAUCUGUGAAAAUUGUUUUGCGCUGUUCACACGUUGUUCAGGUGAUAUUAUAGAAAUGGCAAACCUCUUCACAAAGAAGAGCCAAAUUGAUUGUAUUAACCGGAAUCCAAAUUGCAUAUUACAUUUGUAUUUACCUUGUAUGUGAAUGUUGUAACCCACCGACAUUUGCCAUUGAUUUUAUAGAAACAUUUCAUUGCAAAUUUGAGCAAAUAAUAAGAGGACUAUGUCGUUACCGAUAACCAACCGUCA